GUUGUUUCACUACUGAGCAGUUGUUGACGGUUUAAAGAUAGAAGAACAGCAGAAAAUAAGCGAUACACACGAUUUUAGUCCGUGCCUUGGGACACGUGCCGAUACAUGUAUUCGAUAUCGUGAUACAAUGAGGAAAACAUCAUAGUUGUGGGCAGAGUGUUAUUAGGCUUGAUGUGAUCACUGGGACCUGCUGCAUGGGUAACAGCUUCUCCUCCAUAUCGACCUACCCAGGUUUUGCGCCCUAGUGAGGACACUCCAGCCUCACCAUAGCGCAACUAUAGUCUCCCGAGACUACAGGAGGCCUAGUAUCUGAUCACUGGGUGUCAUUAUGCUGGAUGUGAUCACUAGGUGUGGUAAGGUUCGCUGUAAGGUAUGUAGUAACAACACCAGAAUCCUUGAAAACAUUCACAAGAAACCUUUUCUCUGACUUUGCACAAUAGGAGCAGCGGUGGCGUACAGCGGCUGCGUGUGAGGAAGCAAGCCCCUUUGGACAAGUUAGGAAUAGUGAGUGACAGAGGGAGUCUGCUGGAGCUGUGUGCAGCAGAGAAGAGGAGGAGCCAGCUGCAGGAAGAGGCAGCAUUGAGGGGGUGCAGUUGGAGAGAGACAGCAAGGGAGGCAAUCAACUGGAGAGGUAGCAAGAGAGAGACAGAAGGGAAAGUAGGCACGUAAAGUGAUAGAGAGAGACAGGGAGACAGUAAAAGAGGGAAACAGAAGGAGUAACAGAGCAGGAGAGUCAGCAACACAUCAAGAUGGGGAACAACAAAAGCUCCUUCUCCGAGGAAGAACUAGAAGACUACGAAGACCUCACCUUCCUAACACGAAAGGAAAUUCUCCUGGCCUGGGAGAAAUGGGAGACGCUGGUAGGCAGUCAGAGAACCAGAGAGAGAACCGUCCGCUACCCAGAGCAGGCAGUCCAAGAACUGGCUGAACUGAAGAAUAACCCUUUCCGGGAGAGGAUUACGCGGGUAUUCUCCUCUCAGCGGGACUCGAAGAUGAGUUUCGAGGACUUCCUCGACCUCCUCUCUACGAUGAGCGAGUCAGCGCCCCUCCACUUAAAGGCUUACUACGCCUUCCACAUGUUCGCCACCGUGGUCGACAUAUUUAUCGAUAUUAUGUCUGGACAAUAUGCCCGGACAGAUUACAACGAGGACAGCAUUCUGGACGCAGAGGACCUUGCCAUUAUGGUAGAUAAACUGACAGGCGAAGGAGCACUCCUGCCGGAGGAGAAGAAGAGACUUGUUGACAAGCUUCUGGAGGAGACAGAUUUAGAUGGAGGCGGCAUCUCUGAAGAAGAGUUCAAACACCUUCUCACUAAAUGUCCCGACUUCAUCCAUUCCUUCAGGUUUUCGAUAUGAGUUACCCAUUAAUUACUGACGCGUUUUCUCUAUGCAGAAACAAAGAAAACGUGAUAAUUGCUACUCGGUGACUUUACAAAAUAUGUUUUAAAUUCAUUUACUUUGUAACAAUAAUCUGUUAGACAUCAAGAAUUAACCUAAAAGGAAAUCUAAAACCAAAAAGCGCAUCUGGUUUUAAUAUCUGUGACCUACGACCACAGAUCACAGCUUUAGGAAUGUACAGAAAAAGUUAGGGAAUCACGACAAUUAUACAGAAAUGUAUAUGUCGAUGGAUACAUGAUAAUUCAUUGCGUCGGGGGACAGGCAGCCAUUGUGUAUGUGCAUGUGUAUAUAUACACACACACGUUAGGCUUUCAUCAAGGUUUUAGGCAGCAUAAAAACCAUGAUGCGGUUUUAUCGAGUCCCCCCCCCCCCUUCUUAGGGCUAUGUAGCAGAAAACGUAUAUUUAUUUAUUUUAAAGGAUAUAUCCAUUUGUUUUCUGGAGAUAUAUAUUAUUCCUGAAAUCCAUCUAUUUACUUUUCUUCCUAUCUCCCGUAUUUAUCCCAGUGUUUUAUACUGUAUCUGCGAGUCUUAACAGCUCCAGAGUUCAACUUAAAUAACUGAAACAUGUCUUUUUGUUAUCAUUUUAUUAAUUCUGCUAGAAUUUACCUACUUAAAAUUAUCUUAUUUAUUUAUAUAUAUAUAUAUAUAUAU